GCAAAGCACCCAACAAUUCUCUCUUGCUGUCACCCUCUUGCAUACAUUUCGCAAGAGAAAUUGUAAGCUACAUUUCGUUGCUGAUCACAAAACCUUGUAUCUUUUGAGAGAGAGAGAGAUCAUCUUGAUUUCUUUCUCUCUUUGUCUGGGAUUUGCUGGUUGGUUAUUAGCUGAGCUUCACUGUUCCACAGCUACAUUACGUGUAAGCCGCUGUUCGGACCCUUUUAGCUUCUCUGUUUCUUCUUCCGUAAGGACAGAUCAAGUUGCAUUUGGAAUAUCCUAGAGCAAGCAUGAAGAAAGUUUGUUGGCCUUACUUUGAUCCUGACUUUCAUAAUCUCCCAGAAAGGAUCUAUGGCCCUGUAUGUAGAGUAUCCCUCGACAACGAGACGUUGGAAGAUUGCACAUUAGUAAAGGUGGAUAGCGUGAACAAGCAAGGGCUUCUCCUCGAAGUGAUUCAAGUAUUGACAGACAUGAAUCUUACCAUCACUAAAUGUUUUAUAUCUUCUGAUGCAGAAUGGUUCAUGGAUGUUUUUCAUGUUAAAGAUGAGCAUGGCAACAAACUUACAGACCAGAAUGCCAUUAACUAUAUCCAGCAGGCCAUAGGUACAACUACAGGUCCUCCAGACUCCACCAGGGCCAAUGCCUAUGCCAGCAAUAUUUUCGAAUCCGAAAACCAUAGCGAGCAUACGACCAUCGAAAUGACGGGAACGGACCGCCCUGGUCUCUUCUCGGAGAUAUCGGCUGCCCUUGCCGACCUCCAAUGCAACAUAGUUGAAGCCCAUGCGUGGACCCAUAACGGCCGGCUAGCUUGUGUUGCUCAAAUAUCUGACCAAUCCACUGACGCCCCAAUCGACGACCCCCACCGCCUCGCCACCAUCGAAGACCACCUCAUCACCGUCCUUCGAGCCACCACCGCCGUAAGCCCUUGUGGGAAAGAAGCAAACAACCAAGAAGUGAAGACCACAGGGUUUUUAGGAGGAGACUAUCAAGGCACCAUGACUAAUGUCGAAAGGAGGUUACACCAACUAAUGCUUUCCAUUAGGGACUUUGAUGGCCCCAGUUUGAGGCCCGCCAGCUCUCCGAGGACGCCAUUUGCAUGGGAUGCUGAGGAAGAGUGUAGGAAGACGGCGGUUUGGAUCGAGAGCUGCAAGGAGAAAGGGUAUUCCAUGGUGAGCUUAGAGUGUAAGGAUCGGCCGAGGCUUAUGUUUGAUACUGUGUGCACUCUAACUGACAUGCAGUAUGUGAUUUUCCACGCUUCCACUCAUUGCCAUGAAGGAUAUGCCUUUCAGGAAUACUUUAUCCGGCAUGUUGACGGGGAUGUCUUGUGCACAGAGAGCGAGAAGGAACGAGUUAUAAAAUGCUUAGAGGCUGCUAUUGAGCGUCGAGUUUGUGAGGGGAUUCGACUAGAGUUGCGUGCGGACGAUAGGAUGGGAUUGCUAUCGGAUAUAACUAGGGUUCUACGAGAGAAUGGACUUGCUGUUGUUCGAGCAGAUGUAGCAACCCAAGGAGAGAAGUCGAUUAACGCUUUCUAUGUGAGGGACAUUUCAGGGAACGAAGUAGUUCCAGACAUGGAUUUUGUUGAGUCCAUGAAGAGAGAAUUGAUGGGUCCAAGUCAUAUAAACCUUCAAGUCAAGAAUGAGAAACAUCUCAGAUCACCAAGCUCAACUGAAAAGUCUCGUUAUUUCUCAAAUAUUGGAGAUAUUCUAAAAUCUCAAAUUGGGCGUUUCUCUUUUGCUAAGAUCAAGUAGUCAUGGAACGAUGCAAAUUGUAAAAACGUAGGCAAUUAACAUCUUAGGCCAUUACCUAGGCAAUUAGAUUGUAAUUGAGAAAAAAAAAAAAAAGUUAGACGUUGUAUGUACAUAGAUUUCAUUGAACAUUGAAUGUAAAUAAAAAGGAUA